AUGAGUUCUCUCUACCUCUCCUUCCUCUUCCUCAUCGUCAUCGCUCAAAGGUCCAGUGCAAGCUAUCCUUUUGGAGUCUAUGGAGGUAUGCCCAUGGUUCAUGCUCCAGUAGCAAUUUCAGCGCUACCAGCACCAGUUGCCUUCGCUCAUCCUGUUCACCAUUCGGCUCCGAUUGAGGUUCACAAUCUUAUGCGCACUAGUGAUAGAGAGACUGGCCAUUUCUCCGGCACAAUGCACAGAUCGUUUGGAUAUCCAUUCAACAAGAAGAAUUGA